AUGAACAAGUAUCUCGAGACGACGGUUGAGGUACCCUCCCCUCUCAUGAAGAUCCCAAGCUUCCCUAGCACGCCCAGCGAGACUCUUGAAUCGGUCCCUGGAAUUCGGUUAGCACUGUGGCAUUUUUGGAAUCAUUUUCUCUGCGUCUUGCGGGAUUACCGGGAAGAUGGCCCGGUUAGAAUUUUGGAGAGAAUGAAUUGUGUUACACUAGUUGUCUUGGAGGUGUUGGAGAAGCUACCCCACGACGAGGAACAUAGAUAUUUCUCUCCAUGUUUCUCUGAACCUGUGUUAGAUAUGUUUCUCAUUUCCUUGGGUCUUCAGAACGACCGUAUCAAAAAGAUAGACUCUCAUCGGCGUCACCGUAAAUCAUUCACAACAGUCGGAUACGCGCGUUACCCCUUCAUUCUAUGUUUUACGCAAGAAAGGGCGUAUAUCCAACAUGCCCUGUCCAAUUGUCCCGUGAAAGCCGUCCGACCCGCCUGGGCAGCUCUAGCACCCUCCCUAGAUCAUUCCUCCCCGACCCAAUCGCCGUCGUUCCAGCUGUCACUGUCGAAAAAGAAUUCAUUGGCGAAGAAGAAAAAUCCCACGGCACGCAACGAAACAAGUUGGUCUCCUGCGGUCGAGCUUGACGUUUUGCGUCGAUGCGGCACGCGGCUUGGCCUUGGUAUUUCUCCGCAACCGAAGCCGUCCGUCCGAGAUCCCGCGUUGACUCAGACACUAGAGUUCCCGUGCCGGCACCAAGCCUCCCGCUGCUUCGGAGAAGGGCCCGGCUCCCCGAGAUCUGGCGCGGGCCCUCUUCAGGCUUCAAGCGCGAGUCCACCUCCCGAAGGUUCCCGGGGUCUCCGCUGUCCGUCCGAAGUCGAGGCUUCCAACUUCAUCAGCGGGGCCCGUGGCUUCGACGGCUUGAGAGGAACGCGCACUCCCCCCCUUCGUCGGAAGAUGCCCACCUAA